AAUGAUACCGGAUACAAAUUAUCAGAUUGAUGCAAAGUUUUGCAGUAAAGGAAAGACAUAUGCAAAAUCUGGAAUGCAUGAAUCAUUGGUUGUCAAAUGUGAUGAAGUGUAUUCUGGUAAGUAUUUCCUUUUUCACCUCUACUUGGAAGGAUCAAGUUCAAAGAGAACAAUAGAUAUAAAUGAACUCUAUAUGUAUGCUAAAUUAUUGAAUAAGGCAAAAACUCAUGUUUCCUUAACAACUUAUAAAAAUGUUAUUAAAAAGAUUAUAAGAGACGGAAGUGACGUCAGUACAGAUAUAUUAAAUAUUAUGCAAGAUGCAGUAUAUUAUUUAUCUUCUUCAUUAUUGGAAGAUGUAAAUAUUGAAAUAGAAAUAUUAACUGAUUUAAUCUACUUAAAUACAAUUUGCAUAUCUUGCUCUAAUGAAGGCAUUGCUGCUGAUGAUGAAACUGUAGAAAUUACAGAUUAUUUUAAAAAUGAAAUUGUAACUACAAAAAUAAAGGGAGAUUUUUUAUCACAACAUACAACUUGUGGAACUUUUAACACUGUAUUCUCAAAAUAUUUAAAACUUUUAUCUUUAAGGAAAAGACCAAUUUUUGAAAUUGAACUUUCUGCAACAACAAUUGCAUCAAAAGAAUGUUUGUAA